GAGCAUGAAUAGACAGCUUUAUGCUUCUUCUUUUUCACCAAAAUGACAAGAUUUUCUUUGGUUAAGGUUCGCGAUUGGUUUUCUUUUGAUCUAUCUGAUCUAUUGUUAUUUUCUAUCCAUACAGAAACCAGUUAGUCAGAUCCAAGUAGCAAACAAGCAUACAGCAAGUAGCUAGCUAGCUAGCUAGAGAUGAGUACAGGAGAUCAUGCAAAUAAGGAGGACAAUUUGCCACCAGGGUUUCGAUUUCAUCCAACAGAUGAAGAACUAAUCACGUAUUAUCUGAUGAACAAGAUAUCAGAUGCUACAUUCACAGGAAGGGCAAUCGCUGAUGUUGAUCUCAACAAGUGUGAACCAUGGGAACUUCCUGCAAAGGCGAAAAUGGGAGAGAAGGAGUGGUACUUCUUCAGCCUUCGAGAUCGGAAAUACCCAACCGGAGUGAGAACAAACCGAGCCACAAACACUGGUUACUGGAAGACCACAGGAAAAGACAAAGAAAUCUUCAACAGUGCCACUUCUGAGUUGGUUGGGAUGAAGAAAACGCUAGUUUUCUAUAGAGGCCGAGCUCCCAGGGGCGAGAAAUCCAACUGGGUUAUGCAUGAAUAUCGCAUUCAUGCCAAAUCCAGCUUUAGACCUGCUAAGGAUGAAUGGGUAGUUUGCCGAGUAUUCCAGAAGAGUGCUGGUGUUAAGAAGUACCCUCCCUCAAACCAAUCCUCAUCUUCAUCAAGAGUAGCAAAUCCCUACAACAUGGAAUUGAUAGGUCCGAGCGUUAACGUAGUACAAUCACCAAUAAUGCACCUAGGUCAUGAGCACCAGUUCCCUAACUACGGCAGAAGCUACAUGACCAAUGCUGAUAUGGCAGAGCUUUCCAGGGUCCUAAGAGGUGGUGGCAUUGCUCCUGGUUCGACCAGUAGUCCUAUGAACCUUCCAUUACUUCAACCCCAGUUCAACUACCCUAACAUCGGAGGAGGAGGCUUUACAAUUUCCGGGCUCAAUUUGAACCUUGGAGGGCCAUCAACUCAGUCUAAUUUAAGGCCAAUGCCUCCAUUAAAUCAAGCUCAUCAGGGAAUGAACAAUCAACAAGAUGUUGCUAACUCUUCUAUGAUGACUAGUGCUAAUGGUGCUGUUGGUCAAGAUCAAGCUGGAUAUGGUAGCAUAGACAUGAACAAUGGAAAUGUUCCUGCAGGGAACAGGUACAUGAACAUGGUCGACCAUUGCGUUGAUCUUGAUAACUACUGGCCACCGCCACCGUAUUAGGGCGGUAUCAUAUUCUCGGAGAAUUCCAACACAAGAUAAGUUGGACAUGUUUGAUGUUAGUUAUAAUUAUGUUUCUAUAUAGAGAUAUUAAUCCUGAUUCCUGUAUGUUAAAAUUCCAAGGGCCUUGAUGGGGUAAGAACUAAGAACCCAGGAUAAUGGGCAUGUAUUCGUAGCGCAUUAUGAAUUGAGAGUUAAAUUCACUACA